GAGGAGGACAGGCCGAGGGAGUCCGAGGACGAGUACCAGCCCAGCGCCUCCCCCGCUCUGGCGCGGCGCCCGCCGGGCAGGCCCCUCGGGCCCCGGACCACGCCGCCGGCCGAGAGCACCAGCGAGCCCGAGGGGGAGUGCGAGGACGAGUCCGAGGACGACGACCCCGCGCCCGAGGAACCGUCCGAAGACGAGGACGAUCCCCCGCUGGAGACGCCGCGGCCGGCUCGGCCGCCGGACCCGGUCCCGAGGAG